UGAACCCACUACAAAAGUCACUACUGUGUCGACAACAACUGGUGAAACAACUACGACUGUCACAGAGUCAACAACAACUGGUGAACCCACUACAUCCGUCACAGUUUCAUCAACAACAACUGGUGAACCCACUACAACUAUGAUUGGUGUGUCAUCAACAACUGGUGAACCCACUACAACCAUCACUGGUGUGUCAACAACAACUGGUGAACCCACUACAACUAUCAUUGAAUCUUCAUCAACAACUGGUGAACCCACUUCAACAGUCACUGCUGUGUUGACAACAACUGGGGAACCCACUACAACUGUUGAUGGGGCAUCGACAACAACUGGUGAACCCACUACAACCAUCACUGCUGUGUCGACAGCAGCUGGUGAACCCACUACAUCCAUCACGAUUUCAUCAACAACAACUGAUGAACCCACUACAAUCAUCACUGAGUCAACAAAAACAACUCUUCAACCCACAACAACAGUCACUGCUGUGUCAACAACAACUGUUGAACCCACUACAACUAUCAUUGAGUCUUCAUCAACAACUGGUGAACCCACUACAACCAUCACUGCUGUGUCGACAACAACUGGUGAACCCACUACGACUGUCACUGAGUCAACAAAAACAACUGUUGAUUCCACUACAACCAUCACAGAGUCAACAAAAACAACUGGUGAACCCACUACAACUAUCAUUGAGUCUUCAUCAACAACUGGUGAACCCACUACAUCCGUCACAGUUUCAUCAACAACAACUAAUGAACCUUCUACAACCAACACUGGUGUGUCAUCAACAACUGGUGAACCCACUACAACCAUCAUUGAUGCAUCAAAAACAACUGUUGAUUCCACUACAACCAUCACAGAGUCAACAAAAACAACUGGUGAACCCACUACAACCAUCACUGCUGUGUCGACAACAACUGGUGAAACAACGACAACCGUGAAUGGUGCAUUGACAACAACUGGUGAACCCACUACGACUGUCACAGUUUCAUCAACAACAACUGAUGAACCCACUACAGCCAUCACUGAGUCAACAAAAACAACUGUUCAACCCACAUCAACAGUCAAAGCUGUGUCGACAACUGCUGGUGAACCCACUACGACAAUCACUGGUGUUUCUACAACAACUAAUGAACCUUCUACAACCAUCACUGGUGUGUCAACAACAACUGGUGAACCCACUACAACUAUCACGGUUUCAUCAAAAACAACUGGUGAACCUACUACGACUGUCACUGAGUCAACAAAAACAACUGGUGAACCCACUACAACUGUCACUGUUGUGUCAACAACUGUUACUGGGGCAUCGACAACAACUGGUGAACCCACCACAACCAUCACUGAGUCAACAAAAUCAACUGUUCAACCCACAUCAACAGUCAAAGCUGUGUCGACAACUGCUGGUGAACCCACUACGACAAUCACUGGUGUUUCUACAACAACUAAUGAACCUUCUACAACCAUCACUGGUGUGUCAACAACAACUGGUGAACCCACUACAACUAUCAUAGAUUCUUCAUCAACAACUUUUGAACCCACUCCAGUCAUCACUGGUGUGUCGGCAACGACUGUUACAGCUUUACCCACUACAACCGUCACUAGUGCAUCAAAUGCCACCACAACUACAACGGUUACUCCUGUCAUCACUACUGCCAUCAUCACAGCCACGACAACUGCAACUACCGCUGUUGCAAACUCUAGGGUUCCUGUGGUGUUCAGGUCCAGAGGAGAGACAUUUACCUCUGAUCUAUCAAACCCAUCUUCUCAGGCCUUUCAAACCCGAGCAUUGCUGAUUAAAACUAAGCUUGAACCUUUCUAUCGAUCGGCUUUCACCUCUUUCAACAGUUUGGAUGUGACAGCAUUCAGCUCUGGAUCCAUCAUCAAUACUGUAAAUGUAGCAUUCAGCUCCCCAUCGGUCCCUAAUAUCACAGAGAUUGGCAUUGUUUUGAUAAAUGCUGCUCAAAACAUCACAGCUUUCAAUAUUGACCUCAACUCAGUGACGGUCAACAACACAGCUGCUCCUGCAACAAGUUCUGUUCCUGCUACAACUUCUGUUACUACCACUGUGGCUGGUACUACCACCACAACAACUGGAGAACCUGUCACUGUUCCUGCUACAACUUCUGUUACUACCACUGUGGCCGGUACUACCACCACAACAACUGGAGAACCUGUCACUGUUCCUGCUACAACUUCUGUUACUACCACUGUGGCCGGUACUACCACCGCAACAACUGGAGAACCUGUCACUGUUCCUGCUACAACUUCUGUUACUACCACUGUGGCCGGUAAUACCACCGCAACAACUGGAGAACCUGUCACUGUUCCUGCUACAACUUCUGUUACUACCACUGUGGCUGGUACUACCACCACAACAACUGGAGAACCUGUCACUGUUCCUGCUACAACUUCUGUUACUACCACUGUGGCUGGUACUACCACCACAACAACUGGAGAACCUGUCACUGUUCCUGCUACAACUUCUGUUACUACCACUGUGGCCGGUACUACCACUGCAACAACUGGAAAACCUGUCACUGUUCCUGCUACCAUUCCUACAACUAGGCCCACAACUACAACCACCUAUGUGGCCCCCACAACUACAGUGUCAAAGACAGCAUCACCACUAUCAACAACUACCAGCACAGCUCCAACUACCACAACAACCAAUGCACCAACUACCACAACAACACAUACUACUACUACUAGUACAACAACAACAACUACAACUGCACAUCUUCAACCUGUUCCACUGGUGUCUUUCGUCAUACAACAAGUGUUUGUAGAAACUUUAAAUGACCCUCAAAGUACACAAUUCCAAGAACUUGCAGUAACUAUUACUGCAGUGUUCGAUGUGAUCUACAAAGCAAAAUAUGGGAUCCUCUUCAUCCGGACGAUUGUUCUUGGAUUCACACCUAUUUUCCAUUCCCGUAUGGAUGCAGAAACACAGGCAGAGGUCCAACUAGUGUUCAAUGAGACCUCCACUCAAUCUGUCCCUGAGGUUACUGACAUUAGCAAUACACUGAAAGAAGCAGUUGCCAAUCCAGACAUUACCUUUGGCAACCUCUCUGUGGAUGUCACCACCAUCAUUGUUAAAGUGCCCACCACAAAUAGCAACACAACUACAACGGCUACUCCUGUCAUCACUACUGCUAUCAUCACAACUACAACCACUGAAACUACGGUUGUGGCACUCACUAAGGUGACUGUGGUGUUCCGGUCCAGCGGAGAGACAUUUACCUCUGACCUAUCAAACACAUCUUCUCAGGCCUUUCAAACCCGAGCAUUACUGAUUAAAACUCAGCUUGAUCCCUUCUAUCGAUCAGCUUUCACCUCUUUCAACAGUUUGACUGUGACAGAAUUCAGCUCUGGAUCCAUCAUCAAUACUAUGAAUUUAGCAUUCAGAUCCUCCUCCGUCCCAAAUUCCAGGGAGAUUGGCACUGUUUUAAUAAAUGCCGCCCCAAAAAUCACAGCUUUCAACAUUGACCCCACCUCAGUGAGAGUCAACGACACAGCUGUGACCUCAAGUGGAAUAAGCAGCAAGACCAGUCUCUGCACAGCAUUCUUUCUGGUGGUUCUGUCGCUGCUACUGUCAAGCCAACAUUAGUCUCAGUGGCAACGCCCACUAAAAACACUAUUUCACUCACUGGCAAGCAGCAGAACGAAAUAGUGUGUGUAGUCAUAUUUUCACUUUGAGAACUUCCCACACAUUCCAACCCCUACCCCAAUUCCACCCAUGAUUUGAAUAGUGUCCAAAAAUGAAAUCAAGUCUUGUAAGCUGACAUAAGAUACACUAUGUGUGGCAGUUGAACACAACGAUGUGAUAUAAUUACUGCCUAUUCGAUCAAAAUGUGCUCCCAAGGAAGUGGGAAAUUCGCUCUGUUGCUGAUAUGAACUAAAAACAUUUAAUCACUCUGUUGCUGUUAUGAACUAAAACGUUGAUUCACUCUGUUGCUGUUAUGAACUAAUGACAACAAUAUCUUAUUUUCUAUUUUGACUUAACCAGUGAAACCUGGAUAACUGAUUUAAAUAAGGUCCUUUUUGAGGAAAAAGUUAAUCAAUUUAAACUGUGGUCAAUGUAGUUUUCAUUCUGUUUUCUAUUCUUCGUCAUGUAAAUCUAUCUAUUAUACCAAUGAAUGUAAAUCUGUAGUUCUGAUAUUGUAAUAUAUGUCUUACUGUUGUUGAGAUUCAGGCCAUUGUAGUGUUUACUAUUUGUUGACUAAAUGAGUGGUUUGAAUGACAAGGUACAGUAUGGCUCCAAAUUGUGAUGUUUAUCUGACUAUCUGGCUUUAAAAAACUGGAACAACAAGACUACACUAGAUCAGCCCAACACAUCCAUGUGGUGAGAGAGUGUUGUGUCCCACUGGUCUGGACAGCAGUUAGUUUUGUUGGUGCAAUAUUCGCUCUCCCAGAAAUUGAGCUUUGAUUGGUCAUCACAUGCGAGAUAUUCGCAUGUAAAAUGCUCCUCGCUUCCUAAUCAAUUCGCCUCGCCCCAACUAGAGACAGACAAACAGGUAGCUAGUUUAAUGAUUCUUUCAAUUUGAAAAGGGGAUACCAGCAUAGCAUGCCACGUUGAAGUCGCAGGCCCUACAUUAUCAAUGCAACGUGCCGACAACAUCCAAGAGCCUUCCCAGACUCUGGAGAAGACAGACAUGUAUCUUUCGCCAGACUACCUCUAGAUGCAAUUCCACAAAUAUCACUCAGAUUAACCGUAGAUGUAAAAAGUUUGAAAGCGUACAAUAUCUCUGAAAAACUAAACUCAUCAAGUGUUAAGAUAGGAAACAUUUUGUAUUUAUUUCCUUUAUUUCUUUCUUUUAUUUCCUCUAUCCAAAACAUAGAAAAUUAACAUAGAAUGCCCACGCUAGUCACACCCUGGCCUAACCAAAAUAGAGAAUAAAAACCUCUCUAUGGCCAGAGCGUGACACAUAUGUAUAUACUGUAUUCUCUUCUAUUCUAUACUAUCUUAGUUUAUGUCGCUCUGACACAGCUCAUGCUAAUACUUAUAUAUUCUUAAUUCCAUUCCUUUACUUUAGAUUGUGUGUAUUGUUAGAUAUAACUUGUUAGAUAUUACUGCACUGUUGGAGCUAGAAACACAAACAUUUUGCUACAAAACCACAAAAACAUCUGCUAAACACAUGUAUGGGACAAAUAACAUUUGAUUUGAUUUGAAAUACCUUACCCCCUCAUGACUUAUUGCUUAAUCACGCAUCAGCAUAUAUUUUCAAAACAAAAACAAGUACUGUAUGUCACGUUCUGACCUUUAUUUCCUUUGUUUUGUCAUUAUUUAGUAUGGUCAGGGCGUGAGUUGGGGUGGGCAGUCUAUGUUUGUUUUUCUAGGUUUUGGGUAUUUCUAUGUUUCGGCCUAGUAUGAUUCUCAAUCAGAGGCAGGUGUCAUUAGUUGUCUCUGAUUGAGAAUCAUACUUAGGUAGCCUGGGUUUCCCUGUGUGUUUGUGGGUGAUUGUUCCUGUCUCUGUGUUUGCACCAGAUAGGGCUGUUUUGGGUAUUCACGUUUCUUGUUUUGUUUUGUUUUGUUUUGUUUUGUUUUGUUUAGUUUAGUUUAGUUUAGUUUUGUUUUGUUUUGUUGUGUUGUGUUUGUGUUUAUCUUUGAAUUAAACAUGAAUCAGAAUAACCACGCUGCGCUUUGGUCCGCCUCUCUGUCAAUGGAAGAAUUCCCUUACACUGUAUCCUGUGAGCUCAAUUGUAAAAUUAUUCCAUUCUAGAAUGAAAGAGGGGUAUAAAUAAAUCAUGGUCAGAAUAAAAAAAAUAAUUUAAUAAAGUUGUUGUGUCAUUGA